ACAUACACACUCUUUCCUCUCACGGCCCUGGUUCCUCCUCUUGACGAAUCCUAUUUUCGGAUUUUUUGUUUUGUUUUGUUUUUUUUUUUUUUUUUUUGGGGGGGGGGUUUUGUCUGUGCCGCCGCUAUUUUUAUGCGGCUCCAUCAUCUUCUUCAUCUCCUAGGGUUUCUAGGGUUUUCACAGUCAUCCUUUGGGUUUUAUUGGUUUUACCGAGCUGGAUUCUCUUUCAUUUCUCAGGCAAAUCUCUAUGCGCCGCUGGUUCAGCGGCUUUGUUGAUUAGCUUCCCUGCAUCACCACCAAUCUCUACCUAUCAUUUUGUUUCCUUUUUUUUUUUUUCUUUUUUUUUUCUUUUUCUAUUCCAUUCAACCUGCUUUUUCUUCUCGAUCCCGAAGCUGCCUAGGGUUUUUUUUUUUUUUUGACUGGUUCAAAUUUCUCUUUCGGCUAUGGUUUCUCGACUAGGGCAAGGUUGAUUGAUUCAUUUUUUUUUUCCCCACUGGUUUGGUUCUUGAGUGUUUCUUUUUUGAGGAUUCUUUUGAUUUGAAUGGCAUUGGGGGAUUUGAUGGCCUCCCGGUUUUCACAAUCUUCUGUGGCUGUGGUUCCGAAUCACUUGGAAGACUACGCUUCGAGCCACGAUGAUGGGGAUUUGAGUUUGCAGAGAAGGGAUUCGGAAACUGCGAGUAGUAGUUAUGGCAAUGCCACGACCCCCGCAACCACGAGUAUGGCUUACUUGCCUCAAACCAUCGUGUUGUGCGAGCUCAGACACGAGGCAUUCGAGGCUUGCCUGCCAACGGGUCCGUCUGAUAGUGGAUUAGUAUCCAAAUGGCGGCCUAAAGACAGAAUGAAGACAGGAUAUGUUGCUCUAGUUUUAUGUUUAAACAUUAGUGUUGACCCACCAGAUGUAAUUAAGAUAUCACCUUGUGCCAGAAUGGAGUGCUGGAUAGAUCCUUUCUCUAUGACACCUCAAAAAGCUCUUGAAACAAUUGGGAAAAACUUGAGUCACCAGUAUGAGAGGUGGCAACCAAGGAUAUUUGAGCAGGCUCGAUAUAAGGUUCAACCUGACCCUACUGUGGAUGAAGUGAAGAAACUUUGUAGUAUGUGCCGCAAAUAUGCCAAGGCUGAGAGAGUCUUGUUUCAUUAUAAUGGACAUGGUGUCCCUAAGCCAACUGCUAAUGGUGAAAUUUGGGUCUUCAAUAAGAGUUAUACACAGUACAUCCCCUUGCCAAUUGGUGAGCUUGAUUCCUGGUUGAGAACUCCCUCGAUAUAUGUUUUUGAUUGUUCUGCUGCUGGCAUGAUUGUCGAUGCCUUUGAAAAGCUUUAUAAAUGGGAUGCUUCUAGCUCCUCUGGAUCAACAAGGGAUUGCAUUUUACUUGCGGCUUGUGGAGCACAUGAAACUCUUCCUCAAAGUGCUGAAUUUCCUGCUGAUGUGUUUACUUCUUGCCUCACAACACCUAUCAAGAUGGCACUGAGAUGGUUCUGCACACGUUCGUUACUACGUGAAGCUCUGGAUUAUUCACUUAUAGAUAAAAUCCCUGGCCGCCAAACUGACAGGAAAACACUUUUGGGAGAAUUAAAUUGGAUUUUUACGGCGGUGACUGAUACAAUUGCCUGGAACGUUCUGCCUCAUGAUCUUUUCCAGAGACUGUUCAGACAAGAUUUAUUAGUGGCCAGUCUUUUUCGAAAUUUUUUACUUGCUGAGCGAAUUAUGCGUUCUGCAAAUUGUUCUCCAAUCUCUCAUCCAAUGUUGCCGCCUACGCAUCAGCAUCACAUGUGGGAUGCUUGGGACAUGGCUGCUGAGAUGUGCCUUUCUCAGCUUCCAUCACUUGUCGAGGAUCCCAAUGCGGAGUUCCAGCCAAGUCCAUUCUUCACUGAGCAAUUGACAGCUUUUGAGGUUUGGCUUGAUCAUGGAUCUGAGCAUAAGAAACCACCAGAGCAGUUGCCUAUUGUUCUUCAGGUCUUACUUAGUCAGUGCCAUCGUUUUCGAGCACUGGUCCUUCUUGGAAGAUUCCUUGACAUGGGACCCUGGGCUGUAGAUCUGGCCUUAUCUGUUGGUAUAUUUCCAUAUGUUCUGAAGCUGUUGCAAACUACAACACCAGAACUACGUCAGAUUCUUGUUUUCAUUUGGACGAAAAUUCUUGCACUUGACAAGUCAUGUCAGGUUGAUCUAGUGAAGGAUGGCGGUCAUACGUAUUUUAUCAGAUUUCUUGAUAGCAUGGAGGCAUAUCCAGAACAGCGUGCAAUGGCUGCGUUUGUCUUGGCUGUCAUUGUGGAUGGGCAUAGACGUGGGCAGGAAGCCUGUAUUGAAUCACGUUUGAUCCAGGUUUGCUUAAAACACCUUCAAGGUUCAACUCCAAAUGAUGCGCAAUCGGAACCCCUAUUUCUUCAGUGGCUUUGCUUGUGUCUGGGAAAGAUGUGGGAGGAUUUUCCUGAGGCACAAAUGAUUGGUUUGCAGGAAGAUGCUCCUGCUAUAUAUGCUCCACUACUGUCUGGGCCCCAACCAGAGGUUAGGGCUUCUGCUGUGUUUGCACUGGGUACCCUGCUUGAUGUGGGGUCUGACUCUUGUCGAGAUGGUGUUGGAGAUGAAGAAUUUGAUGAUGAUGAAAAGAUUAGGGCUCAAAUUAGUAUUGUUAAAAGCCUAUUAAGUGUUGUUUCAGACGGAAGUCCAUUGGUCAGGGCGGAGGUUGCUGUUGCCCUGGGACGUUUUGCUUUUGGCCACAACAAGUACCUCAAGUCCAUUGCGGCUGCCUAUUGGAAACCUCAGUCGAAUCCACUUCUGAAUUCCUUACCUUCUCUGGCUCAUAUAAAAGGUCCAAGUAGUGUUGUUUCAUCUCAGAUUGGUCCAAUUUUGAGAGUUGGAAAUGACAGCUCAUCACUAGUUCGAGAUGGAAGGGUCUCCACAAGCAGCCCUCUGGCUACCUCUGGAAUUAUGCAUGGGUCUCCAUUGUCUGAUGAUUCAUCACAACAUUCUGAUUCUGGAAUAUUGAAUGAUGGCAUGAGCAAUGGAGUUGUUAACCAUUCAACACCAAAACCUCUGGACAAUGCAAUGUAUUCACAAUGUGUGUUGGCUAUGUGUACUUUGGCCAAGGAUCCAUCUCCACGCAUUGCUAGCCUUGGUCGACGGGUACUGGCCAUUAUAGGGAUUGAACAAGUGUUGGCCAAACCUGUAAAAACCACUGGUAGCAGCCUACGACCUGGUGAACCUGCUACAGCAACUCCUUUUGCUGGAUUGGCUCGUUCAUCCUCAUGGUUUGAUAUGAAUGGAGGUCAUAUGCCAUUAACCUUUCGAACCCCUCCUGUUAGCCCUCCUCGACCAAGUUACUUAACAGGAAUGCGGAGAGUAUGCUCCUUAGAGUUCAGGCCUAAUUUAAUGAGUUCUCCGGAUUCUGGAUUAGCUGACCCACUUAUAGGUUCUGCGGGAUCUACUAGUGCUUCAGAACGUAGUUUUCUUCCACAAUCAACUAUCUAUAAUUGGAGUUGUGGGCAUUUUUCAAAGCCGCUUCUUACUGUGGGAGAUGAUAGUGAAGAAAUACUAGCUAGAAGAGAGGAGAGAGAAAGAUUUGCUUUGGAGCAUAUAGCCAAAUGCCAGCAUUCUUCUGUAAGCAAGUUUAGCAAUCAGAUCGCUAGCUGGGAUACCAAGUUUGAAACUGGUACUAAAACAAUACUGCUCCAACCAUUCUCUCCCAUUGUGAUUGCUGCAGACGAGAAUGAACGGAUCAGAGUAUGGAAUUAUGAGGAGGCUAGCCCUCUCAACAGCUUUGAUAAUCAUGAUUUUCCCGAUAAAGGAAUUUCUAAACUCUGCCUUGUGAAUGAGCUUGAUGACAGCUUGCUGCUUGCUGCUUCUUCUGAUGGAAGCAUUCGGAUCUGGAAAGAUUACACUUCAAGGGGUACACAGAAGCUUGUUACGGCAUUCUCUUCAAUUCAAGGUCACAAACCUGGUGUGCGAAGUUUGAAUGCUGUUGUAGAUUGGCAGCAACAAUCUGGAUAUCUGUAUGCUUCUGGUGAAGUAUCAUCCAUCAUGCUUUGGGAUCUUGAUAAGGAGCAACUUGUUAAUACUAUUCCUACAUCUUCAGAUUGCAGUAUCUCAGCAAUGUCUGCUUCUCAAGUUCAUGGGGGUCAACUUGCAGCUGGUUUUGUGGAUGGUUCUGUCAGACUCUAUGAUGUUCGAACACCUGAAAUGCUUGUCUGCACAACGCAGCCGCAUAUUCAUAAGGUAGAACGAGUGGUGGGGAUUGGCUUUCAACCUGGGCUUGAUCCGGCCAAGAUUGUCAGUGCUUCUCAAGCUGGUGAUAUUCAGUUCCUUGAUAUCAGAAGUAGUAGGGAUGCCUACCUCACAAUCGAAGCUCACAGGGGCUCCCUUACGGCCUUAGCUGUGCAUAGACAUGCUCCUAUAAUAGCUAGUGGCUCAGCCAAACAGCUCAUUAAAGUCUUUAGUUUAGAGGGUGAUCAGCUUGGUACGAUAAGAUACUACCCAACCUUCAUGGCCCAGAAAAUUGGUUCUGUUAGCUCUCUAACUUUCCAUCCAUAUGAGGUGCUGCUUGCAGCUGGUGCUGCUGAUGCUUAUGUUUCUAUCUAUGCGGAUGACAACUCUCAAGCUAGAUGAGAACGCGUUUCUUCCAUGAGAAUGUAUGAUGAAGCUGUACUGGAGGGGGUUGCAAGGUGUUUGGGGCAUUCAUUGGAAUGUCAUGGUUCCGGUUCUGGUACCGGUUUCAAUUCAUGGGGUGCAUGAUCAUUACAGAAUAUAUUCUUCUGCCAUAAUCCCUCUUCGCUGUCAAUGGGUGGUUGAAAUAGUGGUAGGUUGAAUUCUACCAAAAUGUAUGCUAUAUAUUCAUUAGCCUCCCGUGUAGAGGGACUCCUGUUGGAAAGUAUUCUGCAUUUAUUCGGGGGCUUUAGCAAAUAAUCUGUUUUAUGUAAAUGCAUGUAAAUAUCCUUUUUUCUUCUUCUUCUUCAUUUUCUUGCCCUCCUCAUUUUGGUGUGUCCAUUUCUGGUCGAUCCAUUUCUUCAAUUUGUAAAAGCAGCGGACUUUUUUGUGAUUAUUUUAGUUUGCACAGAUGGUGGUGUGGAUUAUGGUAUCCUGAAAUGCGGGGAUUGCUACAAAUUCACGUUGCUCAUCUCUUUGUCUUGUCGAUUUGUCCUCCUAUUAACCUGAAUGUAACCUGUAAUUAAAUUAUUAAGUUUGAGCUAAUAUUCUAUUUCUUCUCAAUCCCUUUA